AUGUCUUUCUUUCGACCAUAUGAAGAUAAACUUCAUAAAUUUCAGAUAGCCUGUCCAAACUUAUCUAUCUAUCUAUCUAUCUAUCUAUCUAUCUAUCUAUCUAUCUAUCUAUCUAUCUAUGUGCAUGUCUCUCCUUCUGAACCUAUUACAAUGAACAGGAAAUCUUUCUCUCUCUCUCUCCUCUCCCUCAAUCUCUCUCUCUCUCUAUCUGUCACUUUCUCUCUCCCACCCUCCCUCCCCUUUCGGACACGCCUACAAGCACAGCAUAAGACUGAAAACCACUCAUUCAGCCUCACUUGCUAUCCUCUUCCGCCUAACCUGCUAUCCUCUUCCGCCUCACCUGCUAUCCUCUUCCGCCUCUCUUUCUAUCCUCUUACGCCUAACCUGCUAUCCUCUUCCGCCUCUCUUUCUAUCCACUUCCGCCUCACCUGCUAUCCUCUUCCGCCUCACUUUCUAUCCACUUCCGCCUCACCUGCUAUCCUCUUCCGCCUCAUCUGCUAUCCUUUUCGGCCUCACCUGCUAUCCUUUUCCGCCUAA